UAAAACAUCAUCUUGUUUUCUCUGUUUUUAUCUGAUAUUUGAGAACUUGUCAAGUGAAUUUGUAAUAUCCUAUUGACCCUUAAAAGUUAUAGUUAUGUUGACAGGUAAAACCUCAUUCACAAACUAUUGGUCCUAGCUCGUCAUUUUGUAUGCAUGAAAGUGAUGCUGUUUAUCUAACUAUAAGAACCAGCCUACUAGUAAAGCUCUGCUCAUGAAAAUAUAGAGAUGAGAGGUAGAGAGGGAUAUAUCUAUAGGUCACUAUGAACAGUGGUGUUGCGAGAAAUUUUAUGAACGGUAUUCAAACUUUGGAUAGUAAAUAAUUUUUUUUCCCGAUAAUUGGAUGCACCAAAAAAAAUUUGAAAUCAAACUGCACAAUAUUUAUCUAAAAAGGUAGCUUAGUGUCCUGACCUGCCACUUGAUCAUAUUUAGGGAGGGGGGGGGCAGAACUUAGUAAUCUAAAUAUGUAGAGCAUUCUAAAAGAGGGACUAGUUUGUAAGUAUAGAGGAACUUGUAUAGUAAUUAUUAUUUGCACUUAAGCCUCUAGUGAGUAGUAUAAAUAGGAGGGGAUAUUCAUUUGUACAUCAAUCAAGCAAAAUCAAGCAAUCUUCCAAGCAAUAUACAAGUCUUUUUAAAAAGCUCUCGUCUUUCUUCAAUCUAGUGUUCCCUUAGCGAUCUAGUUUGAAAAGGCUUACUUGAGCUUACAAGAUCGUGAAAGAGUCGUGAGUAAGUUGUCAAGUGCCGCACGCAAAUUUUAGUUGAAGUCCAAGUCCGUGACAAAGUGGUAUCAGACCAAAGGUUGAUAUUAGGGGAAUGACAAGCGAGGCAGACAUCAACGCUACUAACGCUACCAACGUCAGGUCGGAUGGUGGAAGGAAGAACCUUAAGAAGAAUGAGGAGAUGUUGUUCGAGCAUACACCAAGCGAGGUCCUAACACCUUACUCACCUUCAGCCACUGAGGUCAGUGACGACGAACGAGAGGAGCAGUCCGUGGACGUCACGCCUGGAAUGUAGAUUGCGAGGGUGGAUGCCGCAAGGCAAGCCAUGGAGAUUUUAGGCAAGCGCUUGAACAAGGUCGAUGGCAAGUUCAAGACUCUUGAGGACUUCACCCUCGAGGAGAACAACAAUAUCCAAAAGGAGUUGAAUGGGCGUAAUGCUGCGGAGUAUGAGAUAGAGACUAUUACUUCUUUGGAGUGUCGGUUCAUGGAUGCACUAAGCACGAUUGAAACCAUGAAGGUUGAGAUUAAAGCACUCAAAGGAGAUAUCAAAGCUGGAGGAUCCGCGAUGUCCAAUAGGGAUAGGGAGGGCAAGAUUGAGGCUCUUAAGCCACCAGUGUUCAAAGGCUCUCGUGACGCGCAAGAGGUGAACUUUUUUUGGCACUUGGAGAAUUACUUCAAGUGUAACAAAAUGAAGAGUGACAAGACGGGGAUCAACACGACCGUGCUAUACCUCUCGGGGAUGGCUAUGCUGUGGUGGAAGCGAAAAGAGUCGGAGAUAGGGAAUGGGCGUUGCACCAUCAAUAUAUGGGAGCAGUUCCGAGAUAAGUUCAAGAAGGCCUUCCCCAACAAUGUCAUCUAUGAGGCAAAGUGCAGGUUUAGGGAGCUGAAGCAAACGGGCAGUAUAAGGGCAUACGUGAAAGAGUUCACCACUCCCACACUUCAGAUUCCCAACCUCACAGAUGAAGACAUGUUUCACUUCAUGGAUGGGCUGCAACAUUGGGCAAGAUAGUGUUGGAACGCCGAUAGGUCAGGACUAUCGAUGAAGCCAUCACAUAGGUCAAAAUUUUAAUAGACUUCAGGCAUGACAAGAAUGUCCGAGGAAGAGGAGAUGAGAUGAGAUGAGAGGUAGUCAUGACCAAGGUGGGGAAGAUCGUGGUGAAAGCAAAGAGCAACAACCACAUCCCAAGAAUCAUGGCACCUAUAAGUCUGAUGGCAAGAAGUCUGGACGUUGAAGCGAUGCCGACUGGAAGACACAUACUACAAAGGGGAAUGGUUGCUACGUAUGCGGAGGGCCACAUGGCUAUGCAUGGUGCCCUGAAUUGAAGAACCCUGGUGCCAUACUAUAGGAAUGGAAGGAGAAAGAUGCACAAGAGCAAGGACAAGGUUCAGACACGAUGCAAUUGGGCCUGAUUGGACUAUGCAGAGCUAUCACAAAGCAAUCAGGGAAGCCAAAAGAAUACGACGCGCAGUAUGUAGACAUCAUGAUCAAUGGACGAUCCGCUCUUGCUAUGGUCAACUUCACUAUCGCUCCCUUAGACAUCUUUGAUAUAAUCCUUGGACAUGAGUUCUUUCAAAGAUGCCACACGAUGAUCGAUCUUUACCUUCAACAUCUCUUGGUCAUGGAGCAAGAGGGAUCUUGUAUGGUACUCCUAGUUAAGGUGCCAAAGACGGAAGGACAAGCCCAACCAUCGGUUAUGCAGCUUGUGAAGGGCCUAGAGAAGGGGGGGCUGACGUUCGUAGACACCAUUGCAAGUUUGGGCGAAGACAAUAGUGCUCGAGAGGUGUUGCCACCAUACAUAGAGAAGGACGUGAUGCCGGAAGAGUUGCCAAGACACUUACCUCAAAGGCGCAAAAUAGAUCACGAGAAACGGAGACCAUUAUUGACUAAGCCAAGCAAAAACAGGGACAACAGGCCACUGCCAUGUUCCUUAUCCACUAGAUGGGACAAUCUUCGGAGGAGGCCACAUGGGAACAGUAUGAAGACUUGUGGCAGUUUAAAGACAAAAUCCGGUAGUUUUUGCAGCAGCAGUGCUCUGCGGUCGUCGCCACAUCAGGUGGGGGAGAAUGUUAUGACUCGCCACUUGAUCAUGUUUAAGGAGAAAGAAUCUAGAGUCAUAGAGAGGUUAAUGGAAGACUCUAGAAGAUCAAAGAGAAUUCUUGGAAAGAUUUAGAGUAAUCUAGAUAUGUAGAGCAUUCUAGAAGAGGGACUAGUUUGUAAAUAUAGAGGGAAUUGUAUAAAAAAUUAUUAUUUGCAUUUAAGCCCCCAGUGAGUAGUAUAAAUGAGAGGAGCCAUUCAUUUGUACAUCAAUCAAGCAAUCUUCCAAGCAAUAAAUAAAUCUUCUUAAAAAUCUCUCUUGUUUUUCUUCAAUCUGACGUUCCUUUAGCGAUCUAGUUUAAAAAGGCUUACUUGAGCUUAUCAGAUUGUGAAAGAGUCUCGAGUAAGUUGUCAAGUGCCGCAUAGAAGUCUUAGCUGAAGUCUAAGUCCGUGACAUCAAGCCCAAUUUUAAAGCAGAAAAGGCAGGCACAAAAUACCAUAACAAAUAUGUAGACACAGGAAAUCGAACUUGAGCUAACUACAACUUUGUGCAUACCCUCACCGCUGAACUGCUGCUCUCUAUUGUGUCAAAGGGUGGAUUUGCAUUUUUGGUCUCUUUAUUUCAGGAGCUUAGGCCCAUUGUUAAAGCCAAAAAUAAUAUAACAAAUAUGUGGAUGCAGGUAAGAACCUGAGUGUCCUACAGCUUCGUGCACACCCUUGCCGCUGAACUACUGCUCUCUGUUGUGUCAAAGGGUGUUCAAAAUGCUAUAUAUUAGAUAUAUAGUGUAAUUUUCCGGCGAAGGGUGUUCGGUUGACCACCCUUGCACCACCAUAGCGUCACCCCUGACUAUGAAUGUACUGUUCACCAACUUUUGUGAGAACUGAGAAACUAAAGAGAAUCAUCCCAGCAGUAUGCUUUAGCCUCAAGUCCUAGCACUGCUUUUAUCAGACUAGCAACAAGGUCUUUCUUGCUUUGACUAUCCUUUCAUCUGUAUAGUUGCGAAUAAAUUUUUGUUUCUCUCUCUGGCCUCUCUUAAACCAAAAUGGCUGCAUCCCAUGCAUUGUACGAACUUUCAAUACCGUCAUUGUGCCUAUAUUAGUAGUUUCUUUUGCUUUGGUCCUUUGGAACUUCCCUUUGUUUAGCUUUGAAGCUUAAAAGCUCAUUGUCUUUGCAUCUGACUUUCUAUAAGCAGCCUUUCAUUCAAGUUCCACAAGAUUCUUGUUUUUAUACAUCUCAUCUUACUGAAGUUUAAAAACUUUUUGUUU